AUGGCAGAACGGUUGAUAAAAGAAAAAAUCAAGAAGCGGGAGCGCAUGUUUGCAUCGUUGAAGCGGCAUGCUCAAUUCUUGGAUGCCUACGAUUCGGAAACACAAAGCGGGCAGGUUCAGAGUAGGCUGGACAAACUGGAGAAAAAAUGGGAGGAAUUCGAAGAAGUUCAGGAGGAAAUUGCCGGGUUGGAUGAAAAAGACGAAUAUAAGGAGGAAAACAACAGGGUAUAUGCAAGGUUUGAGAACCUUUAUUUUGAGUUGCGAGCAGCUUUGAUGAGUCAAAUUGCCCCUUCGAUCCAAUUUGCACCAAAUUUUGACACCAGCGUUGCGCGGAAUCACAGCUCGAUUGGAUUUCAUUCUGGAGUACGUCUGCCGCAGAUUUCAUUACCAGAUUUUGAUGGAGAUUAUCGAGGAUGGCUAUCGUUCAAAUCUACGUAUGAAUCUCUCAUUCAUGAAUCGGCGGAAAUUAACGAUGUUCAAAAAUUCCAUUAUUUGAAAUCAGCAUUGAAGAGAGAGGCGGCAAAGCUCAUCGAGUCGUUGACGAUCACUGGCGGAAAUUAUGGUAUAGCUUGGGCUACUAUAACCAAACGAUAUUCCAAUGAAUACCUGCUCAAGAAGCGUCAUCUUCAGACUUUGAUGGAAUAUCCAAAGAUCGAUAAGGAAUCUGCUGCUGCAAUUCAUGGAUUAGUUGACGAGUUCGAGCAGCGUUUAAAAAUCCUCAAACAGUUGGGUGAAAACACGGAUAGUUGGGGUGCGCUGAUAGUACAUUGGAUGUGUUCAAAAUUAGAUGGGCAGACACUCCAGCUUUGGGAGAACCAUGCUGCAUCGGUUGAUGUACCUACUUUUGCUGUUCUGGUGGCAUUUUUAGAGAAACGAACACGGGUUUUAGAUGCUGUAUCAUCGAAUGCGAUAGAAUGCUCCAAUGCUCUUCAAAAAUCUGCAUUUAAACGUCCAAAAUUAGCGGUUCACGCUGUCACUGGUAACGAGCGGGUCAGCGCAGCUUGUCCAUGUUGUGGUGACAGUCAUUAUAUGGCGCGAUGCGCGAAGUUUUUGAGUUUGAGUCUCAAGGAAAAAUUGGAGUUCGUGAACAGCAAACGAUUGUGCAGUAACUGUUUUCGAGUCGGACAUUGGGUACGAGAAUGCAACUCAAACUUCAACUGUAGGACGUGCGGCAAAAAACAUCAUUCUCUCAUUCAUCCGGGUUUUCCACCCAGCAACGGCGGGUCUUCUAGCAACACAGCAGGUGGACAAUCUUCACGGAAAUCCGAUGCGCAAACAGCAUCAGCAAAUGUUGCGACGAGUGGAGCAGAAUCAAACGAAAAUGAAAUUUUGGAGGACGAAGCAGUUGGAUCUUACAGUGUUGGAACGAAAAGGAGUGCAUCCAACGUGUUCUUGUCUACGGUUGUAUUAGCAGUACGGGAUCAGCAUGGUGAAAAGCAAUUAGCUCGGGCCCUUCUUGAUAACGGCUCGCAGGCAAAUAUUAUGAGUGAGCGAUUGUGCCAAAUGCUGAAAUUGAAACGGAGGUCGGUAAAUGUUCCUAUUUGUGGGGUCGGACAGUCAGAAUCGAGGGCCAAGCAUGCACGGGUCACUUCUGAACUACCUUCGGCUAGCGUAGCGGUUUCGCACUGGAAGAUUCCAGAUAAUUUGCGAAUGGCUGAUCCAGAAUUCAACACCAGCAGUCGGAUUGAUUUACUAAUUGGGGCGGAGCAUUUCUAUCGGUUCUUGUAUGAGCGCGAGAUGAAACGAAUUUCAUUGGGCCCGGGACUCCCCAUUUUGGUGGACACUGUAUUCGGUUGGGUUGUCUCGGGCAAGUGUGUAAACUCUAGCAAUCAAUCAGUUAAUUGCUACAUGGCAACUGCAUCGGAAAAUUUGGAGGAUAUACUUGAACGAUUUUGGAAAGUGGAAAGCUCUGAAGAUCAACCGCCUUGGUCUAAAGAGGAACAGGAUUGUGAAGCACACUUCGUUAAAACUCAUGGUCGUUUGCAGGAUGGAAGAUACAUUGUUCGCCUGCCAAAGCAUAUACAUUUCGAUAGGAUGGUUGGAGAAUCAAAAACUAUGGCAUUGGAGCGAUUUUCGAAGCUGGAAAAACGGUUGGAGCGAAAUCCGGAGAUGAAAAAUCAAUAUCACGCCUUUGUGAAGGAGUACGUGGACCUAGGGCAUAUGAAAUUGCUAAAGGAAGAGGAGUUGAAAGCAGACAUGGAUAAAGCUGGUAGUUUGAAAGGCUACUACUUACCCCACCAUGUAGUGGUGAAGGAAUCAAGCACUACAACAAAAGUGCGCGUUGUGUUUGACGGAUCAGCCCGAACUGAUAGUGGUUUUGCUCUAAACGAUGCGCUUCUGAAAGGACCGACGAUUCAGGAUGAACUAUUAAGUUUGCUGCUGCCUUUUUGGGAAGCAUGA